CUCGAGGCAGCCAUCACGCAAAGGUGACAAAGCUUUGACAUUGCAAGCCAAAAAUUGGAUUUUAAGGCGACACAUAAAAUGCGCGGAUUUAUUGUUCUCUCACUGCUGGCAGCAGUCGCCAAUGCAGAUGUGGGUGGCUACAACUACGGUGCAGGCAUUGGCAGCACUUCUUCUGGCGGCUCGUUGACAAGUGGCUCUCUAUCUGGAGGCUCGCUGUCUUCCAAUCAGCUAUCUGGUGGCUCUGUCUCGGGUGGCUUACUGCUGGGCGACAGCUCAACUGGCUCAUCGGUGGACUACGCCAACAACAAUCAACAGCAGCAGCCCGAGUAUGCCAACGCAGAGUUCAAUAAAGAGUUCUUUACUUAUUCAGCGCCCGAGGCUGACUUUGAGGACAACAGAAGUGUCGGCGAUUUGGCUGCCUCGCUAAAGCGCAAUCUGCGUGUGCUCUUCAUUCGUGCGCCCGAGAACAAGGGUCUGGAGAAUGCCGCAUUGUCGCUGGCCAAACAGGCGGCCGAACAACAGACAGCCAUCUAUGUGCUGACCAAGCAGGGAGAUCUCUCCAGUCUGGCCAACAAGCUGCAGAAUCUGAACCACGUCAGCGCCAAACGUCCUGAGGUGCACUUUGUCAAAUAUCGCACCCCCGAAGAUGCCAUCAAUGCGCAGCGCACCAUCCAGCAGGAAUAUGACCGCUUGGGCGGCUCUUCCAUCUCACACAAUGGCGGCGUUGCCCCCGUGCUUGACUUUGCUUCGAAGCAAUUGGUGCAACAGCAGCAGCCGCUGCUUAUCGACGAGCGCCGAUCGGGUGGCAUUAGUGUGGACUCAAUUGGCAAUGGCAAUGGAGGCUCAGUUGUUUCGGAGCUGGAGGCGCCUGCUGCCUACGUUGCGCCAGCGGCAACGUCGCCUGGUGCCACUUACUUGCCAGUGAACAAGGCCAAGUAGGAGUGGAGCAUUCAUUGUUUCUCAA